AUGUCUGCCAUUGUGGAAGUGGAUGCACAGCUUCAACUGAUGACGUCUUUCCUGUGGCUAAACCUGAUUUGGUACAAUCCAUUCAUCAGGUGGAACCCAGAGGAAUGUGGGGGCAUCAGGAAGAUCAGCAUCGCAGCUGAGAAUCUUUGGCUUCCAGAUAUCUUCAUCGAGGAGUUCAUGGAUGUGGAUCAGACAGCUACAGGUCUCAUGGCUUAUAUCAACAGCGAAGGUCUCAUCAAAUAUGAUAAGCCAAUGAGGGUGGUCAGCAUCUGUAACCUGGACAUCUUCUAUUUCCCCUUUGAUGAACAGAACUGCACACUCACUUUCAGCUCAUUCAUCUACACAGUAGAGAACAUGGUCCUUGGCAUGGAGAAGAAAGUGCAGGAGAUUUCGGACACUUCACGGAACCUCAUUCGGAGCAAGGGGGAGUGGGUACUUCUGAAUAUCCACCAGAGAAUGGUGAAGAUGACUAGAGUGGCCAUCAGGCGUAGGCCCAGACUCUAUGUUAUAAACCUUCUGGUGCCCAGUGGCUUUCUGGUUGCCAUCGAUGCCCUCAGCUUCUACCUGCCGGCAGAAAGCGAGAAUCGUGCUCCAUUCAAGAUGACACUUCUCCUGGGCUACAACGUCUUCCUUCUCAUGAUGAAUGACUUACUCCCUGCAACUGGCACCCCCCUCAUCAGUGUCUACUUUGCCCUGUGUCUGUCCCUGAUGGUGGUCAGCCUGCUGGAGACCAUUUUCAUCACCUACCUGCUGCACCUGGCCACCACCCAACCCCCACCCAUGCCUCGGUGGCUCCACUCUCUGCUCCUAUACUGGGCCAACCCAAGGACAUGCUGCCCCACUGCACCCCAGAAGGGAAAUAAGACCCUGGGCCCCACCCCCACCCACCUGCCUGGUGUGAAGGAGCCCGUGGAGUUGGUGGGAAAGGUGUCAGGUCCCAGAGAGGCAGAGUUAAAUGUGUGUCCUGAGUCCACAAGGGCCCAGCAGGAAGAUGAAGCUCAGAGGCAGCACUUGGUCAACUUGUGGGUGCAGUUCAGCCACAUGAUGGACACCCUGCUCUUCCGACUCUAUCUGCUCUUCAUGGCCAUCUCUAUCACCACGGUCAUUGUCCUCUGGAACACUUAG